AUCCGGCUCCUCUCCUCAGAGCUCUCCAGAAACUUCUACACUGUGUAGCUGCUAUAAGAGCCAGCCAUCUUCCCUCACCACCCUCAGAAUUACCCGAGCGAAAGCUAGGAUACUAACAACCCCUGGUAAAUAAAUCAUGGUUCACGAAACCGGCUUUUACGACCUCCUGGGUGUCAGCCCCACAGCCUCACCAGAGGAAAUCAAAAAAGCCUACAGGAAACUCGCACUGAAAUAUCACCCUGACAAGAACCCCAGUGAGGGAGAGAGGUUCAAGCUUAUAUCUCAAGCAUAUGAUGUGCUGUCAGAUCCAAAGAAGAGAGAUUUGUAUGAUGAAGGAGGAGAACAAGCCAUCAAAGAGGGGGGCAUGGGUGGAGGAAGUUCACCAAUGGACAUUUUCAACAUGUUCUUUGGAGGUGGAGGACGGAUGCAGAGAGAGAGAAAAGGGAAGAAUGUUGUCCACCAGCUAGGUGUUACACUGGAGGAGAUGUACAAUGGCACCACCAGGAAGCUUGGACUCCAGAAGAAUGUCAUUUGUGAAAAAUGUGACGGUUAUGGUGGUAAGAAAGGUACCUUGGAGAAGUGCUCAAAUUGCAAAGGAAGAGGCGUACAAGUCAAGGUGCAACAGAUUGGGCCAGGCAUGAUUCAGCAGAUCCAAAGCAUGUGUUCAGACUGCCAGGGACAGGGCGAGAAAUUUAACUCAAAAGACCGCUGCAAGAGCUGCAAUGGACACAAAGUAGAACGCAAGAAGAAAAUUCUUGAAGUUCACAUUGACAAAGGUAUGAAAGAUGGUCAGAAAAUUACAUUCCACGGAGAAGGUGACCAGGAACCUGGGCUGGAGCCUGGGGAUGUGAUCAUUGUGCUGGAUCAGAAGGAGCACCCUGUUUUCCAGAGACAAGAAGAUAAUUUAAUAAUGAAGAUGAACAUCAAACUUGUCGAGGCCCUGUGUGGUUUCAAGCAGACUGUUGAAACAUUAGACAACAGAACGCUUGUCAUCAACUCAAACCCAGGUGAGGUAAUCAAGCACACUGAUGUCAGAUGUGUUCAGAAUGAGGGCAUGCCAAUUUACAGGGACCCUUAUGACAAAGGACAGCUUAUUAUUCAUUUCCAGGUGGAAUUCCCAGAGAAAGACUGGCUCCCAGAGCAUCUCAUGUACCAGCUGGAAAGACUGCUUCCUCCCAGGGAGGAUGUAAUGAUUACUGAUGAGAUGGAGGAGGUGGACCUCUGUGAGGUGGAUGUGCGGACACAACAGAGAAACUACAGUGGGGAAGCUUAUGAGGAGGAUGAGGAGGGUCCUAGAGAUGGAGUGCAAUGUCAGACGCAGUGAUUUUAGUCUGAAACAAAUGUUGAAGAGCAUGUGUUUUUGUUGUUUUUGUUUUGGAUUUCUUUGUCUUUAUUUUUUCUUUAAAGUAAUGUUUUUCACAAAGUAAUGCACCAAAAAUUAUUAACAUUAAGUUUAAGACAGUUGUCAUUGCCAUUUAUGUGCUACUUUCCUGAAACACAAAUAUGCAAGUGGAAUGCCCAUUUCACAUUUUAUUUGUGCUCCCAAAGUUAUCAAAACUGUACUUUGGUGUUUUUGUCACGUGUUCUCUAUUUAAGAUCCGUAUCGUUUUAUGUUUUUGUUUCCUAAGAAACCAGUGACACAAAUGUUUUCUUUCCAUUCAGAAGCUGGAAGGACUACUUGUAUGCUUUCUGUGAAGGUAAUUUCAGUCACCAUGAACAUUUUUGGUUAUUUCUCAAUAAAAGUCCCAGAAUGCUU